AUGGGCCAGUUCGAAGACGAUCUCGAGCACGACGGUGAAUUCGCCACCGAGGAGCGCCGCAAGGUCAAGCGGCCACGGCGCUACAAAGUGCUGUUGCACAAUGACGACUUCACCACCAUGGACUUCGUCAUCCAUGUGCUGGUGAAGCACUUCCACAAGUCGACCGCGGCGGCCACGCAGGUGAUGCUGCAGGUGCACCACAAAGGCGCCGGAGUCGCCGGAGUCUAUUCCCGCGAGGUGGCCGAAACCAAGGUCGCCGAAGUCACCGAAGAAGCGCGGGCCAACGAGAUGCCCUUGCAGGUGACCGCCGAGGCGGAUUGA